AUUCACAUUAUUAAACAAAGCAUGAGUAGUACCACCUCGGAUGAAGGUAGCAUAAGCAGCAGUUGUACAAGCAAUUCAGCGGCCGGUACAAGUCAAGAAAAGAAAUAUAAAGGCAUCCGGUGUAGACGAUGGGGUAAAUGGGUGUCGGAGAUUCGCGUGCCAGGAACCCAAGAGCGGCUCUGGCUAGGCACGUUUUCGACACCCGAGGGAGCUGCCCUGGCUCACGAUGUAGCCUCUUACUCUUUAAGAGGUGCUACAUCGUUGAGUAAACUUAAUUUUCCAUCUAUGUUACCUCCUACUGCCCGGAUGGACCUGUCUCCUAGGUCCAUCCAGAAGGCUGCGUCUGAUGCUGGCAUGGCAAUGGACGCACGGAUUAUUGCUUCGAGAGAAUCCACACCGAAUAACAACGAGGGAUUGAACGUUUCCGUAGAUGAUUAUCUUUGAAUUUGGUUAACUAUUUACUAUUUCCCCACCAUAAUCUAAAGUCUUCAUUAUCCAACAUGUUAGUGUAUAUACAUGUUUGAGAUAUUUUGCGAUAGAUGAUAUACAUAUAUAUAUUCAUAUUUUUGCAUUUUUAUGUAUGCAUUCUUCAUGUUCAAAUAAUAUAUAUGUCAUGGUGUACGGAAACACGAAAAAUAUUGUUUAUUUUUUUUCC